CUCGACGGAGCAUCCGUUCGGUCAGAAACGCGAGCGAACUCGUCGCUGUCUCGCGUCCACGCCUUCGAUCAGUGUCGCGGUUGAUCAAGUGUUCGGACGAUUUUAAAAUCGCCACAAAGGGCGCGUGAAACUCAAUUGAUCGAUAACGUCGACAUCCGAUAGAUUAUACUGUUUUGUCGUUUUGUAUUCACCGCGAAACAUUCGUACCGGAUUUCAAGUUUCACCCGCAUCCCGCUCACCGAUUCGCUAAUCAAAGCGACAAUUUGUAACGCUUCGAAACGGUAUCGGCUAAUUUGUCAACGUGAAAGCUGGUGUUGUUCGUCGCGUGCUGGCAUCGACGAUAGACUAUGAAUAAUAGUCAAUCCAAUACAACGACUUUCGAGUUGAAACAACGUGACGCUCAGCCAACGAUAACCCUGUCGUCAGAAGCUGAUGGAAAAGAAUGCCUGUCGUCGCCUCGAGGAAGAAUCUCGCAGCUGCGGAGACAAAGCAUGUCAUUGACUGCCGUCAUGAACCAUCGAAGAGGUCUUCUCGGAGCAUUGAUUUCAGGUAUUGGCAGCAACAUGUCGCUGCCCUCUUGCAUCCCCCAAGACCCCGAAUUCAUGGCCGGACAAAUGGGCGUGGCGAAAACAGUGAUGCUAAAUAAUCAAAGUCAUUCAGAGAAGAACGAUCGCGAGGCUCAAAAACAUCGAUCUAAUUAUCUGCAAUUAACACCCGUCAAUGCAGUUUGCGUUCCUAUGCACGCUUUGGACGCUGCAAAAAGUAAACAACAGAUGAUCGAUCAACAACUGAAGCCAUUGGAGAGGAGAAAAUGCCAUCGGGAAAUGGUGUCGAUCAUGAGCACCCUUUACGCGAAAUUACUGAUAGUAAUUGGAAUCGCUGUGCCCGUCACGGCCAGCGUCACUGAAAGAGUUCCGGCUUUUUUGAAUCAGGGAUUUUACUUGUAUCUCUAUUUGAUCAGUGUCACUUACGUGAUCGCGAUGUACAUCAUGAUGUUGAGGGAUAAAACCUUGAAGAAUCUGCUGCAGAAGAACGAGAGAGAACAACAGACUUAUGCGUUCGAUGAGAAGGGUGAUCGGGUGAACGUGAGUCAGAUGCAACAGUACGGCAGCUUUUGUCUGAGACUCGGUGCUGUGGGAUUUGGCGCCGGCUCGCUGGUAUUUACAGGAUUGCAAAUUGGGGCGGAAAUAGCUUCCGGCCCGUUCAGAGCGAUUACACCGGGCGCCAGGCUGCUGUUGGUCACGGCCCAGAUGCACUUCAUAUUUCUCAACAGUGAAAGUCUCAGUCUAUCCAAGCACAACGCUCUCGCGAAAUUAGGCCUGAUGCAUAUGAUCGCGACCAAUCUCUGCGAAUGGUUGCAGGCGCUCGUCGAGGAGACGCAACACGAGAUCGACCAGUUGGGCCAUACCCACGACGACGAGGACGGGAUUCUAGCGUCUCUUCUCAGAGACGCUAGCCCCUUCCUUUUUCCUUGUACAAUUGAAUUCAGUUUAAUUUGCGCCGUGAUACUGUUCGAGAUGUGGAAGAGGGUGGACGAGACGAUCGAUUCAAAGAACGAGAGCCCAACGAGAUCUUCGUAUCAUCUUAGCAUCGAUUGCAGCAGCUCUCACAGAGGUCUCUUCGGUGGAAUCCUCGUCGUCGCAGCGACGAUACUUAGCCUGAUCAUGUUCUUCGUGUUGAAAGAGGCUAAGAACCAAAUAGCGAUCGUCCAGGUGACUGCGUUGGACGCGACUAUACUGAUGUUAGGAAUGAUGGCUUCGGUGGCUGGAACAUUGAAGUUGCAGGCGUUGCACCAGAAAAUUAUCAAACCAUCGGAUUUGGAUACGACUUUAUUAGCUGCGGCUCAGGCUGGAGUCUAUCUGCAUUGUCUAUUCGGAGUUGUUGGUGAUGUUCUAACGAUGGGUCCAACUUGGAUACUGUCGUUAAUCACAGACCUGUUAGCCCUGAUACAGAGCACCAGCCAAACUUUGCUCAUUAAAAUCGCCUGGGGAAGACGUUGCUCCAGAAACGACAAACCGGGAAAGGAAUUAAUCACCUUCCUGAUAGUUGUCAAUAUCGCCCUGUGGACGGUGAAUACGCUGGAGAAAUCUCGUGCAGGCGUUCGCCCGGACCACCUGAGAUUCUUUGGUGUCUGGGCUUGGACGAUCAUUACCCACGUCUCCAUGCCACUGGCUAUAUUCUAUCGAUUUCACUCGGCCAUCUGUUUAUUCGAAAUAUGGAAAACGUGUUACAAGUGCCGAUCAAACAGCACCGUCCAGAGCCCCUACUGAUCCGUCAUGACUAAAUUUCGUUCUUGUAAAUUGUAUAAUAAUUCAACGAUACGAAUAAACACACUUUACCUGA